CACUUUCUGCCAGCAUAGUAAGACUGCCAAAUGGAUCCUCCUCACCGAGGAGCAAAUUUUCCACCUGCAUAUAACCCACAGUUUCCACCAGCAGCAUUCCAAGGACCUCCAGGACAAACUGGCUACUCUGGGCCCCAGGGUACCUAUUUAGGUCCCAAGGCUGGCUAUCCUGGGCCCUACAGUGCUUAUCAAGGUCCCCCAGUUGGCUCCCCAAUCCCACCAGGCAGCUUUGCAGGUGCUGGCCAACCUGGGUUUCCUGUUCAGAGUCAGCCAGGAUAUAGUCAGCCGGGGGGACCUGCAGGGGCACCAUGGAUGCCAGCACCACCACCUCCAUUGAACUGCCCACCUGGACUGGAAUACUUAAGUCAGAUAGAUCAGAUUCUGGUUCACCAGCAAAUUGAACUUCUGGAAGUCUUAACAGGCUUUGAAACUAAUAAUAAAUAUGAAAUUAAGAACAGCCUUGGACAGAGGGUUUACUUUGCAGUGGAAGAUAAUGAUUGCUGCACUCGAAAUUGCUGUGGAGCAUCUAGGCCUUUUACAUUGAAGAUUCUUGAUAAUUUGGGCCGAGAAGUCAUAACUAUGGAGAGACCACUGAGAUGUACCAGCUGCUGUUUCCCUUGCUGCCUUCAGGAGAUAGAAAUCCAGGCUCCUCCUGGUGUUCCAAUUGGUUAUGUUACUCAGAAGUGGCACCCAUGUCUGCCUAAGUUUACUGUUCAAAAUGAGAGGAGAGAGGAUGUACUAAAAAUAAUUGGUCCAUGUAUUGUGUGCAGUUGUUGUUCAGACAUUGAUUUUGAGAUUAAAUCUCUUGAUGAACAAUCUGUGGUUGGCAAGAUUUCCAAACAGUGGUCUGGGCUUGUAAGAGAGGCAUUCACAGAUGCCGACAACUUCGGGAUCCAGUUUCCUUUAGACCUGGAUGUGAAAAUAAAAACUGUGAUGCUUGGUGCAUGUUUCCUCGUUGACUUCAUGUUUUUUGAAAGUACUGACAACCAGCAACAAAAAUCAGGAGUAUGGUAGUGGAUUCAUGAAAGUGUCCUUAGAAAAUCUGAAGUGUGCAUGUUGAGUGAGGCUCUAAAAGUAAAAUUUUUUUUUUCUGUAUUGGUAUCACUGUUAUCUGUAAGACUUAGGGUGUGAUAUCUAUUGAUCUAGUUGUAUGAUUUCACUUUCCAAUUACAGUCUGCUUUCUGUAUCUGUCAUAUAAAUAUUAUAUAUUUAUACAUUUUUAAAUAUUCACUGUGAAUCUGGGAUAAAGGGUAUAGGAGAUCACUGUCUUAUUUUUUUAUUUUACAUCACAAUCAAAUGUUUAUUAAACUUUAAUAAAAAAGUAAAUGACUGAUUUUAUUGGUUAAAAUUUAUUUCAUGCAAAAGAUAAAAUGUUAUAUUAAACAAUAGUAUCUAUUCAAAAAGUUGCACAAAACCAAUUUCUAUGUCCUUGCUAUUAUUGUCUAAUAUGAUUCAAUAUGGAUAUUAUUAAGGAAAAGUAAAACGUGUUUUUCUCUUUAGAAAAAUCACAGUACAUUUAAAUAUUCCUAUUAACUAAUCUACAACUGCAAGUAUAAUUUUCCUAAAGAAAAACAAUAAAUACCUUAUUUUAAGCAAUUUUCAGUGAACAAAGACAUGAUUCACUGUCAAAGAAACACUUUGAAGACUCAUUUUCUCUUGAAGUAGGGAGAUUGUUUUCAAAUGGAUGAUGUAGGCAAGAGCUGGAGGGAGGGGGAGGGAAUGGAGGGAAAAGAGGUGGAAAAGAUUGAAGGGAAAAAGUGAUGAUGAAAAUAGAGGCUUUGAAAAUGUGAAGGGAACCAAGCAGGGAUGGAGGAGACAGGCAGGAGAUUGUUUUUUAAAGAUGUAUUGUGUACACGUACCAACUCCCCAUGAUAAAUGUAAUCAUAUGUGCUGCAAACAUGUACUAAUAAAUUUUAAAAUGACUCAU